AAGGGCUACAGCAGGUCUCGGUAAUCCAAUAUUACAAAAUAGCAAAGGUUUAGGCUAUUGCGAGUCUUGUUUAAAUUUGUUUAAUUAUAUGUUAAAAUAAGAAAUUAGAACCGACUAAUUAUCCUACGAAAAACUGCGCGUGGGAUUUCAGCACCUGGACAGCUCCACGUCCAAGCGGCAUUGUAAUACUGUGGACACCGCAAUUUUAUCUAAUACCUUUGACGACUUUUUGCAAAUAUAAUUAAUUGUUUCAUAGUGUAACCAUUUCCCAUGGUAGUGCUAGACUAGGCUAUGCCUAGGCUAUGCCUAGGCUAUUUAAUGAGAAUACAUGUAAUGAGAAUUUUACCCGAGUCUAGGCUCUGGUUUGCUGGGUCCUAUUAGUAUUCCUGUCCUAUGGGUGUGCAGUGUUGCCAGCCACGUCAGGCCUGUAGCAACUGCUUGUCUCCUGCCUCACCAAGGCAAGGUUAGAUACACUCGGCUGGAGACACUCGAAGAAAAAGACCUUGGGAACAAAUUCAGCAUCUUGGCAUCCAGGAAUUGCUUUCCUCUCUGUUACAAGUAGGCCUGGAUAUGAAGCAAGUGUUAUCAUUGCCUGAAGUGACAUAGCUUUUUUUAUUUGGACGUUUCGCAACAUUUUUGCUUUUCCAAAAGGGAAUGUUUGCAUAGCUACAUUGCCGAAUACCCUCCUCAAGCCGCAUUUUCCGUGUUUAAUGGAAACGCACAAUUAUAAGAAAUGGUUGCAUUUUGUGAAUACCAGUGAUUGCUUUCUACGGACCAUCACAGCUGCGGUGCGCGAGGAAGGACGCCUCAGGUUGCUGGACCCCGGGUCGCGUGUGUGUAUAGGCUAAGGUUACCGUAUACCAUCAGUUGGACUGCUGGAGUGAAGGUGACUCGAGCCCCCUUUGCAGUCGAGGCAAUGCGGAGUGGAGUCGCAAGCGCUCAUCCGGUACUUCUGCACUCCGACGGCUGCCUGCAAAAAUAUAUUCUUCUUCUUAGACAGUAGAGAGAGAGAGAGAGAGAGAUAGAGCAGUAAUACACCACAGAUAAACUAUCUAUCCUAUCCGUUUUAGGAUAUAGCCUACUGGAGAGGUUUCGACACAACAAACGAUAGAUAGAACAGGAUAUCGGCGAAUAGGUGGUGGUGGAGUUUAGGGGGACGUAGAUAAAGAACGUUCUGUAUUAGAGCUGUUUUAUUCGUGGAUGUGUAUGCAUGAGUUCUGCACCGAAUGGGCGCAAGAACCGCCCCAGAUCCGCCGGGAACAUCUUCCAGAUCGGCAAGGCUCCCUACCGAGACCCGGAGAGAAGGGAGAGCACGGAGAGCACCCGCAAAGCCCAGCGCGCCGUGGCGGACUGCAGAAUGAUUGUGCAGGAGUUUAACACGCUUGUGGCGCUGUAUCGUGAGCUGGUCAUCUCCAUUGGCGAGAUCUCUGUCGACUGCCCGUCGUUACGGGCCGAGAUGCACAAGACCCGAACUAAAGGCUGCGAGAUGGCGAGAGCCGCAAACCAGAGCCUGUCAGUCAUUUCAGGGCCUGAGGACGGAGAGAUUCACCCAGAGAUCUGCAGGCUCUUCAUCCAGCUGCAGUGCUGUCUGGAGAUGUACAUCACAGAGAUGCUCAAGUCUGUCUGUCUGCUGGGAUCCCUGCAGCUCCACAGGAAAGGGAAGGAUUGCUGUGGGCCUUCCAGGAUUGACAGUAAGGUGGAUGAGAGCUCAGACAUCCCCAUUCUAGAAGACACCUCCUCCCCCAUGGACUGUCAUCAGCUCUGCUGGCUGGUCACCACAGACAUAGACAAUACUGAGAGGGACAUGAGAGAGAUGAAGAACCUUCUCAGUAAACUCAGGGAGGCGAUGCCUUUACCACUGAAGAACCAAGAUGACAGCAGCUUGCUGAACCUAACUCCCUACCCACUGGUCCGACAGAGGAAGAGACGGUUCUUUGGGCUCUGUUGCCUGGUAACCAGCUAAGGGGCCUACCCUCCUGGGUUGAAGGCAGGAACGGUAAUUCUUAAGUUGAAGUGUUGUUCAUGGCACAUCCAUAAAAGUGUCCUAUGCACAUCAUAAUUCAAGUGUCAUAAGACAUGUAAAAAAAAAAAAAAGACACAAAAGUUAUACAAGCUUUGUCAACUGGAAUGACAUUCAGUAUUUGCAUGUCAUGACCAAUGUAUUUAUUUGCAUUAUGACAUGGUGUCAUAAGAUAUUGACAGUUAUCAUAACAGUGCCCCAUAAAGGAAUGAGCAUAGAAUGAAAUGUUUUGUAAUGUGUCAUGGACAACACUGCACGUAAAGUGCUACUGCGGCAAGAAAGACCAUUAACCACAGUCCUUCACCACUUGUGUCUCCCACCACUAUAUUACUGCCAUUUCCAAUAUCCAAUACAGUUCUCUCUUUGUUGAAAAGGCUACCCCAUUUUAUAAUUUUAUUUUGUAAUACAAAGAUAAAUUGUAAUUGCAAUGUAAUAGACAAUACUGAGAGGAAACCAAUAGUCAAAACAUAUAUUUUAAAUGUAUUGCAACUGCUUUUCUUUUCAUUUGGUACAGAAGUCCAACCUUUUUGUUUGGUACAGAAGUCCAACCUUUUCGUUUUGUACAGAAGUCAAACCUUUUCGUUUGUCAAAGGUGUUUGGGAGUGAGAGACCAUUUGAAACAAUGUCAACAUUUAGUUUCUUCCAUAAAGCUGAAUUGAUGAAUUAAUGAAUUGUGUGUAGGACACAAUUUGAUCUUUAAGUUUGUUUCAAAAACAAUAUUACCAAGUACGACACUUGCCAUGUGGCAAUACUUUUCCAAUAUGACCGGUCAUUGAAGUUAGACACUUGCAGUAAACAGAUAUGCUAUUUUAGGGUUCCAUUCAAUUUGUAUCGCUGAAGCGUUAAAGAUUGCACAAUUUAAAUGUAAAGGUAAUUUCCGAUUGAACUGACAUACGCAGCGUUUACUGUGAAUGCAGUCUCCGCUAACAUUGCCUUUGAUUUUUCAAUCACGCUUUAAAGUUGAACUUCCGCGAUACGCAUUGAAUAAAGCCCUUAAUUUGAUCAUCUGUUGUCACAGAUAAUUUUCCUGCUCCGCAGGAAUUGAAAACUUGUAGUGUAUUCAAUUUUUUUUAAGUAUUCUAAAGUUUGUAAUUUCCAGUUUAAAAUGUCAGACUUGACUUACCCUAAUGUAAAAUGUGUCAACCCCUACAAAAAAAUGUCCAUUCAUUAUAAUCCACAUAAUAAUUCACAUGACCUGUUGCUGCAGGAUUAUUUUCCUGCUGUGAAAAACUAGUCAAAUUAAGAUAGCAGAUCUGUAUAUGUACACAACUAGAUAAAAGGUAUAGAGCUGUUUUUCCAGAGCAGAGAAAGUCUGUGCACUACGUCUGUUGUGUGUUUCGCUCUCUGUUUUCCAUUUCUAGCUGACCCUGUACUUCCUGUACUGACCUUUAUUUAGUCUUCCAUGAACCAAACACCUGUACCCGACUUUUACUUUCCAUCUUCAAGGAGGAAUAUACUAUACAAUACUAAAAAAAUAUAAACUUCUUUGCACAUACAAUAUCUAUCUAUAAAUUACGACAUUAGACAUACUCUAUGUAUGUAUAUACACAUAUUCUCCAAUCGAUGAGCUCUGGAAAAUCUUCGAAGUUGAGAUAGAUUGGUGAAGUCUUGGUUGGCAUAAGCAGGUGAUGUCUCCCUUUGUAAGGCACAGUCUGUGUGGUUAGUGGGGACUCAGCAUGGGUCUUGCUUAUUAGUAAUAGUGAUAUAUGUGUAGGGCAUGGAGAAGGUACAGUACUGUAGUCAAAGCUGAAAUAAAAAGCUAUAUGUCAUUUUACAUUGUUAAUAAACUUUUUUAUUUAAA